UCAAUCGCUCCUCCCCCAAAUCGGUGGCGCGCGGUAAGCGCAUCACGUGACAACUGGCCCCGCCUCUUCCUCUCGGUCCCAUAUUGAACUCGAGUUGGAAGAGGCGAGUCCGGUCUCAAAAUGGAGGUAAAACCGCCGCCCGGUCGCCCCCAGCCCGACUCCGGCCGUCGCCGUCGCCGCCGGGGGGAGGAGGGCCAUGAUCCAAAGGAACCAGAGCAGUUGAGGAAACUGUUUAUUGGUGGUCUGAGCUUUGAAACUACAGAUGAUAGUUUAAGAGAACAUUUUGAGAAAUGGGGCACACUCACAGAUUGUGUGGUAAUGAGAGAUCCCCAAACAAAACGCUCCAGGGGCUUCGGUUUUGUGACUUACUCUUGUGUGGAAGAGGUGGAUGCAGCAAUGUGUGCUCGACCACACAAAGUUGAUGGGCGUGUAGUGGAACCAAAGAGAGCUGUUUCUAGAGAGGAUUCAGUAAAGCCUGGUGCCCAUCUAACAGUGAAGAAAAUUUUUGUUGGUGGUAUUAAAGAAGAUACAGAAGAAUAUAAUUUGAGAGACUACUUUGAAAAGUAUGGCAAGAUUGAAACCAUAGAAGUUAUGGAAGACAGGCAGAGUGGGAAAAAGAGAGGAUUUGCUUUUGUAACUUUUGAUGAUCACGAUACAGUUGAUAAAAUUGUUGUUCAGAAAUACCACACUAUUAAUGGGCAUAAUUGUGAAGUGAAAAAGGCCCUUUCUAAACAAGAGAUGCAGUCUGCUGGAUCACAAAGAGGUCGUGGAGGUGGCUCUGGCAACUUUAUGGGUCGUGGAGGAAACUUUGGAGGUGGUGGAGGGAAUUUUGGCCGUGGUGGAAACUUUGGUGGAAGAGGCGGCUAUGGUGGUGGAGGUGGCAGCAGAGGUAGUUAUGGAGGAGGUGAUGGUGGAUAUAAUGGAUUUGGCGGUGAUGGUGGGAACUAUGGUGGUGGACCUGGUUACAGUAGUAGAGGAGGAUAUGGUGGAGGACCAGGAUAUGGAAACCAAGGUGGUGGAUACGGUGGUGGUGGAGGAGGAUAUGAUGGUUACAACGAAGGAGGCAAUUUUGGUGGUGGUAACUAUGGUGGUGGUGGGAACUAUAAUGAUUUUGGAAAUUACAGUGGACAACAGCAGUCAAAUUAUGGACCCAUGAAGGGGGGCAGUUUUGGUGGCAGAAGCUCUGGCAGUCCUUAUGGUGGUGGUUAUGGAUCUGGUGGUGGAAGUGGUGGAUAUGGUAGCAGAAGGUUUUAAAAAAAACAACAGAAAAGGGCUACAGUUCUUAGCAGGAGAGAGAGCGAGGAGUUGUCAGGAAAGCUGCAGGUUACUUUGAGACAGUCGUCCCAAAUGCAUUAGAGGAACUGUAAAAAUCUGCCACAGAAGGAACGAUGAUCCAUAGUCAGAAAAGUUACUGCAGCUUAAACAGGAAACCCUUCUGGUUCAGGACUGUCAUAGCCACAGUUUGCAAAAAGUGCAGCUAUUGAUUAAUGCAAUGUAGUGUCAAUUAGAUGUACAUUCCUGAGGUCUUUUAUCUGUUGUAGCUUUGUCUUUUUCUUUCUUUUCAUUACAUCAGGUAUAUUGCCCUGUAAAUUGUGGUAGUGGUACCAGGAAUAAAAAAUUAAGGAAUUUUUAACUUUUCAAUAUUUGUGUAGUUCAGUUUUUCUACACUUUAGUACAGAAACUUUAACAUAAUGCAGUUUUGAAGGUGUUUCCUUGUGAGUUAACAAGUAAAGAAGAUCAUUGUUAAUUACUAUUUUGUAUGAAUUUUGCUAAAGUUAACUGUAAAGAAACACCUACUGACUUGCAGAUUUAAGGGGAAUAAAUCUAUUCUCCCCAUUUCAAACCAUGAUACAAAUGGGCACUGACAUGUGGAGAGAAUAGAUAUUUGUAUGUUUGCAAUGUGUGUUUUAGAUAAAAUAGGAUUGGGUAUUUAAAUUAGCAUAUUUGUGAAUUUAAUAGCAUUAAGAUUACUUUCAAAUGAAAAAUCUCAAAAUUCUUAUGGUUUUGUGCAUUUUCUUUCAAAAUGUAAUUAUGAUUUUUAGUGUGUUAGAUUUGCUGAGUCCUAGCUGUGUUUAAAACAUCUCCAUUCUGCAUUUACCUUGGUCACAUUUAAACUGCUGCGUAGUAUUUGGGUAUAAAGAAAUGUCUGCUGCCCUCCAUUAAAUCCCGGGAAAAGGGUAGUGGAUGUUUUCCCUCUCUCACAUUAAAAACCAUUAAUUUUUUGAGAUAAAGAACCACUAAGCCUGCUGUAUCUGAGCAAAUUAGUGGAUACUUGGUUUUGUUUUCUUUUCAAAGCACACAAGAGGAGGCCCUGUUUUUACAUCUCGAGUUAUUUUUGGGUUUUUUCCCUUCCCCCAAUACAGGCUUUCAGAACAAGAGAAUAAAAAUCAUGCAUUAUCAAACCCUUAACUGGCUGGCAUGCUUUCUCCUCUUUUACCCUAUACGUUUUGCUGAAUGAAACCAAGGGUAGUUUAGGUGUGAUUGUUCAGAACCAUUCAAUGCAGCAGAAAUGUAGCACAGUUGUUUAGUACAAGCAUCUUAUUCCCCAAAGACCUGGAUUCAAAUUUGGAUAAUCACCAAGUUCUUAAAUUCCCAGAGGACACAUUGUGUUAUUCUUUGUGUAUAUUUUAAUCUAAAUCAUGUUGGUGUGAGUUGUCAAUUUGUUUGGAAGACCCUGGUUGAGAAAAGAGUUUUUAGAUUUAAAGGUCAUAUAAAUCAAUGUCUGUUUUGCGCCAGCUAGUGCUUACAAUUUCUUUCAUUCAAGCCCUAAGUAUGUGCCCUGCUGUUACUUUUUCUUUGGCAGUUGAACAUUGAAUUCAAGAUUUUUAUUUGGUUUUUAAAGUACUAAGCAAAACAAGCAAUAAAAAGGGGAAUGGGGCGUGCUAGUGUUUGAAUAUGCUCUCUUGUUGCUCUAAUUCUGUGCCUCUGUGCAUUAUUAAUACUUGGAUGCAUGCAAUGCCAGCAUGGAAAUUGGUCUUCACAGACAGAAAACACUCACAAACCAAUAAAUGUAACAGACAACAUUCCAUUUGUUAAUGGGCAUAUGUGAAUAAGCAGUGUAGAAAAUAGGCUAAUAGAAAAUGGUUAAGUCCUUCAUAACUAAAAGUGUGGUUAUAUAAAUGGACACUGUCAAUGUUCAUAAGUUAAACCUUGGGUACCUGGUCAAAAUACUGCUUGGGAAACAUUAAAAUUGAGCUAAAUUGUCUCAAGUUCUUUUAUUCAUACAAUAAAGGUUGAAAGAAUGGGGGAAAUUAACAUUUUCUGUUUUUGUUUGUGAAAUUGUCUGAUACAACCUUGACAGUAUCCUUUAAUGGCAUAUGAGGUUAAUUGUACUGUUAUAACCAACUUUCUGUGUUCUGGAACUAGUUCAAUAGUGGAAAUAAUUUUCAGUUAAGUUACUGUUUGCAACCAACCUAUAAGCAGGUAAAAUCUUUGUGUGUGACCUGUUUAUAAGUUGUGUUAGCUUAGCUUGUGUGAACAGUGUGGAAAAAGUAAGCCAUGAGGAGAGCGAUUUAACCAGCUUUAAAGGACCUAAGAUGUGCUUUUUAAAGCACAGUGUGGAUCAAAGAAAACUCACUAAGACAGGACUUCAGCAGCCUUUUGAGUAUGGACAAGUCAGCAUAAAUAAAGAAUGACAAGGCAGCAGCAAGAGCUUCAACUACAGAGAAGUGGAGGCAUAAGAGUCUAUGAUGAUAGUGAGCAACUUUGCAAAAGCUAGUUAAAUCUGCUUAUUACAACUGAAAUAUCGAAGAAAGUCUAGCAGGAAGGAGCUCUUCGCCUUUUGGAACAUCAAUGAGAGAUAGUUGCCACAGUUGCUAGGUCUAGCAUUUAGACCUGCAAGGAAGGGCAAUAAGCAUUAGGUAAGGCUUGAAUUUGAAUUUUUUCACUAAUUAAAGAGUGAUUUUUUGUAAAGCAAGGUAAGAGUAAUCUUUUUGAUUUGCAGGUUGAAUGAGAACCCUACUUGCCUAAAUGAGGAAUGUCUUUCCUACCAUCUUAAAUACGAAGGUUUCUGGCUGGGUAAGGUUUGUAGCUCACAGUAAAACUUGACACCAUUUAUUUCCAUAUAAAUUUAUAUUACAUACUUUAGAACACGAGUCCCUCUAAUAGACACAUUGGCAAAAAUUACCAAGCUAAAAGCUCUUGCUACUACAUUUUGACACAAUUUAAACUCUUAGGUAGUUUUUAAAAUUCCCAAGGAAUGGCCAUCCCAUAUUCUUCAUGUAUACAACUCAGUAUCUUUAGCAGAGUCAGUUCUUGGUAACAGAAAGUAACCUCAACUUUGAAAAUAUAAGCAUGAUGUAACACAGCCAAUUAGAAAAAAACAUCUUCAAAUGAACUUAGUAAUUACAGAUAGAGAAAAUUUGUUUUCGUUCAGCUGGCUUCAUAAGCUGUCAGAUUCAGGGAAUUUGGACUGGUGGGGUAAUUUUGGUUUUCAUUUUGGUUUUGUUCAUUUUGGUAUCUAACUAGAAGCAGUAGGAGCCUGAGUACACUAAUGGUCUUUUAUAAAAAGGUAUCUUUCCCAAAGAAUAAUUACUUGGUUACUAUUUCUAUUAGUUGCUGAUGAUUCAUAAGGGCUAUUUUUGCUGCCCCAAAAGGGCAUAUUAAAAAUUGAGAUUUAAUUCACUUUUGAUAAAGUAACAUAAAAGACACUCAAAUUACUAGUUUCUGUAGAACAAUAGAAGGUUGACUUUAACACAACUGAAUUUCUACACACAGCAUUUAAGUGUUAGUAAGGCCAUAGCCUUUAAAAAGAUAAAUCAAGGUUUUAGUGAAUUAAAUUUCAUGAGACAGGAAACACUUUUUCUUUUAAGGACGGUCUUUCGGUUCCAUUUUACUUGUGAAAUAAAAUUAUUUUAUUUGAAUGUAGUUCUGUUGUCAUUUCUGAAAAAUGUAUUCUCUUAGGUGGUAGCACCAAUAAAGUUGGAAAGUGCUUUAGGCAAAUGUAAGCUGAUUUUUAACAUGUGUAGGUCACUGCUUCCAGGAAUACAUUUCUUAAAAAGCUGAGAUUACACUUGUGUUCUAAAGGAGACAAUAUCUGGUAUAAUCCAUUUGUCAGGAAUAAGGAAUAGGGUUGGUUUUCAAGAGCUCAGUGUAAGUCAAAAUUCAAUAUUUCUAAUGGUGGUUAUCUCCUGGGAGUUUAAUGUCACAAAGUAGUGAAUAAAGCAUGUUAAUGUGCAGGGGUAAUGUAAGGGUGGUUAGCCUGUGUGAAUACUCAAAAUAACUUUCAAAGCUUCAAUGUUUGACUUGAGAGGUGGUCUGUAAUGGAUUUGAAUGUUUCAUUUGUGGUAUAAUGAAAUGUUUACGGAAAGAUGACUUUUUCAUUAAAGUAUUUUUAGAAAUGUG